AAUUAACUUUUUGUGAAAACGUUAAAAACAUAUUCAGCGAAAACGUGUCAAACAAGGAAUGCAAAAAUAAUUUCCAUAGCAAAUCGAAAAUUGCGUGUAAUCAAUAACAUAUCGAUCAAAAAUGACAGAGUCAAAAAACAACGAUAACACCAGGAACGAUGAAAAGAUGUCACAAGCUGAUUUAAAUGGCACCUCUGAGAAUUAUCAAAUAUCGAAACUUCGCCAAGCAUUUCCACAAUUUUGCGCAGUCAGCGCGAAAAAUCUGUUGAUGAUCACAUUUGGAUCCACUUUGGGAUUUUCCACCAUUCUUAUCCCCGAGUUGCAGAAGGACAAUGCCGAGAUUCCAGUUUCCAUAGAGGAAUUGACGUGGAUCAGUAGUCUGAACUUGUUCUUGGUCCCAAUUGGUUGCUUUGCCAGCGGGCCAGUAUCGCAAUUCAUAGGACGAAAAAGGAGUAUGAUGCUUACCACACUCCCAUUCGUGGCAGCCUGGGUUAUUUAUUAUUACGCCACAACAGCUGCAAUGUUAUUCGUAGCAUUGGCCAUGACGGGCCUAACAGGAGGCCUUCUUGAGGCUCCUGUGAUGACCUACGUGGCGGAAGUGACGCAGCCCCACUUACGUGGCAUGUUAUCCGCCACCUCCACCAUGUCCAUUAUUUUAGGCAUUUUCACUCAGAUGUUAGGUGGCAAGUUGGGUAACUGGAGAACUGUGACACUUGUCAAUUUGAUCUAUCCGCUUAUAUGCUUCCUUGCUCUCUGUGCCGUGCCUGAAAGUCCUUAUUGGCUUGCUGCAAAAGGGAGACAGAAAGAGGCAGAACAAGCUCUCUGCUGGCUUCGAGGUUGGGUCAGUCCAGCUCAAGUAAAAUCAGAGUUCCAAAUUAUUUGCGAGGACGUGAACAAACCUGCAGCAUCUCAGGAAAAAAUAUGGAAAUCCUACAGCAAGAAAACUUUCUACACGCCCUUCCUUUUGGUGACCAGUGCCUUCUUCAUAGGCAAUUUCGGCGGCACCAACACUCUUCAAACUUACGCUGUGAUGAUUUUCAUGAAGCUGCACACGCCAAUCGAAAAAUAUACGGCUGCUGUAUUCCUUGGUCUAGCUGAAUUAAUAGGCACGAUGAUUUGCGUGUUUGUUAUUCAUUUUGCUGGUAAACGAUUAUUGUCUUUUCUGUCCGUCGGUGGAACCGGACUUUGUUUCUGUUUAGCGGCAAUUUAUGGAUAUUUGGACGAUAGUCGCAUCAUUAAUUCUGAAAAUCUCACAUGGUUUCCCACUACACUGUUGAUCGGUGCUGCUUUCUUAUCUCAUGGAGGGAUCAGGUUACUCCCUUGGGUUCUGGCAGGAGAGGUUUUUCCUGUGAACGUACGAAGUAGUGCGACAGGAAUUUCCGGUUCUAUAGGUUAUAUUUUCAACUCUAUCUCAAAUAAAAUAUUCCUCUAUAUGGUCAAUGGAAUGUCCUUACCUGGGACGUUUUUCUUUUACGCUUUGAUCAAUUUCGUUGGUGGUAUUCUACUCUACUUCAUAUUGCCAGAAACAGAAGGAAGAUCUCUGAAAGAGAUCGAAGAGCAUUAUGCCGGUAUCCAAAGUUUGAAGACUAGACCCAAAAAGGAAAAAUUGGCAUUCAAGGAAAAAUGGGCUGCUGCAAACCCAGCUGUAAUAUAUGAUGAUAUUGAAAGCAAACUUUAAAUUUUAAAAGAAGAAUAGAGAUUGUAGAAUCUCUAUCUUUAAAUGAAUUCAAAAGUUUUAUUCCCACCACCGAUAGAUAUGUGUAACUAUCGAUAUAUGUUUCUAUCGGAAGUUCCUUGUUUAGUAUAAAUAAAUUUAGUUUUAAUUUCUAUGAACUCUAUGAGAUCUAUAAAAAUAGCUUGUAAGAGAAGAGCUUGAAGAUAUGUUAAAUACGCAUUUUAUCCGUAUAAAAGACAGUGAAUUGUGAAAUGUUCGUAAAUAUUUUUGAUAUUGCGAUAUAAAUCAUUUGACAAGAAUGUGUUCACAUAAUUAACUUUAAACGGACACAUAAUAAAAUACAAUUUAUUUUAAGAAUAUUUUCAAAUAAGACUUAUCAUUUAUUAUGAGAUAAAUAUUUUUAUAGAAAAGAAAAUAUGAAGCAAAAGAUUAAACAACAAUGAUCUUUUAUUCGCUCAAUAAAUUAAAAAAUUUAAUUGUCAAAAUUCGAGAAAAGAAUCUUAACCUCGUGAUUUUUGCUCAUAUUGGAUUUUUUCAAUCGAAAAUUUUUUUUUCGCAGAUAUUUAUUAAUGUUUGGUUUAAAAAACCAAUCAACCACAUCCAGAAAAUUUUUGUGCUGCAAGAUGUUGACGAUAUUGACAAUUUUCUUUGGGAUUUUUGGCACUUUUAGAUUUCGCGUUUUUAGUCUAUGUAUAUCCUUGUUUUUUAAUAUUCUCGAAGUACCAUUUAUGUUUUGAUAUUUUCUCAAGCUGAAGUGGGAUAUUUUUAAGAAAAUAUAAUUUAAAAAUUUGUCAUUAAAUAAUGCAAAUGAAUUUUACGUUGAGA